AUGACACAGCCUGGAGGCCUUAGUCAGGCAUCAGUGCCUGAAGCCUGUUUACUUCGCCUGUCUACCGGGGCUAAGGAUGCUCCCUACAAUGAAGCAGCGGCUCUUGCUGUUGAGUUCUCUAUCACUGCUGAGAAGGCAGCGCUCGGGUCGCUACAGGCAUUUUGCACGUUUCUAGGGAAAGUCCAUGAGACUGGUCCUUUCUCUUCAUGGCCAUCAAAAGAGGAAAGGGAAGGGAAGUCUGCCGGCUGUUGCUCCCUCCCGUCCGAAACUUUGGCAAGGGAAGAGAAUCUGGAUUCUGUAGAGGAGUGCGGCCAGGCGGUUGCAGUUAACUUUGAGCUUAAUCUCACACCUUUCAGUUUCCCCGCCACAUUUUGCGAACAGUUCAUUAAGGAAACACUCACAUUUACAGUUGUGAGGACUCCGGACUCAAGUCAAGACGGGUCCCAGAGGAAAGAUGCUCAAACCAAAGCUUCUGCGAAACCUGACGGGAGAGAGAAAGGUGGAAAGAAGGCAGGCCCUCCUCGACCAAUCAUUCCUCCAGGAGAAUCGAGAAUAGCUGAGAUGCCCGUUGCUGCACUCUUACUUCUCAAGGACGGCGAACGUAUGCAGCCGCCAGAAGGGAUUCAAGAAGCUCUCGCGACGACUCCAGGGGUUGUUUCACUGCGCAUUGAAGUAAAAGCAAUCACAUCUUUGCUUUCCCCAGCGCUGCGGCAUCUUUUAAACCCUGUUUGGUUCCUCAUUAAGGAUGCGCGCCAUCUUCCGUUGACCGCCCAGCACCUUCAGAAGCCCCGACCUCAAGAUGUAUCUGACGGCACAAUAGAAAACCUUGCAUCGGCAGGGGUAGCCGCAGCUGCAGACGGAGCAGGGGUAGCUGCUGCCGCUGACUUUGUUCCCGUUGCUUCUGCGGCUACACCGACACCCGAAAACAGGGGAACAUCUUCCGAAACUCAGUUCCGAGGAGACUCCACUAGCGAGGCAAAAUACCCAGCGGACGUUCCUCUUGAGUACUUCGCUCGUGCUCAUAUGUUGCGAACUGUCCUAGAGACAGAGCCGAGAAGAGCAAUGCCAGCUCUUGGAGCAAACAGGGUCAGAUGGGAUGCUGGAUUCCUCUGCUUUUGGGGGCCAUCAGUGGAAAAUCAGAACGAACUAAAAGACUUCAUUGAAGAGCGUCGACUAGAAAUUGAGCUUGUUAACACCUACGAUCUGUCAGGGGUAGACCAGUCGAACCUAUACCCGGAUGUAGCAGCUUGGCAAUGCAAAGGCAAGACAAUGGGGCGGCCCUUGCUGAAACAGCCUAAAACUGCCACCGUCCCACUGGGGAGCAAAGUGGCUGCCGAGGCAGAACGACUUGAGCAGCAGGAGGAAGAGCAAUUCCGAUAUCUCUCCCAUGACAACAACGGCGAAGCACAGAUGAAGGCUACAGUGAUGUAUGAAGCAGGCGUGGACGUCCUCACCGGAUUCCUUAUUGCAGACGGAAGGCAAGCAAGGAUUCCUCCCUCGGAGCCUUACUUCACUGCCUUGCAUGCAGCGCCAAAUGACCGGUUUUCAUAG